AUGGCAACCACAGACCUACCGGCACACGGGGAUGGAGCCGCCCCUUCGCCGUGUAACCCUAUUGCGAUAGCCCUUCCCGAGAAGUUUGACUUCCGGCGCCCGGAAACUUGGAAACGCUGGCUUACCAGAUGGGAACGGUACAGGAUUAUAUCGGGCCUCAACAAACAGAGUACAGAUAGGCAAGUAAAUUCUUUCCUCUAUGCCUUGGGCGGCGAAGCCGAGGAUGCCCUUGUCGCCACGCGACUGUCGGACGCCGACUCGAAGGAAUACGAUAAGGUGGUCGCCGCGUUUGACAAGUACUUUGUUCCACGUCGGAACAUAAUCUACGAAAGGGCACGGUUUAAUCAGCGCUGCCAGCUGGAGCAGGAGCCGGUUGAAUCGUUCAUAAAGGAGCUCCACCGUCUUGCGGAUUCUUGUGAAUUCGGUGCGCUGAAGGCCGAACUGAUCCGCGACAGGCUCGUGGUUGGACUGCGGGACCGCUCGCUGAGCGAAAAGCUGCAGCUGGAUGCAGAUCUCACGCCGGACAAGGCAGUAAACACAGCCCGUAACUCUGAGGCAGUUAAGGGCCAGCAACAGGUGCUGCAUGGAAACGGCGCGGCUCAACGGACAGAUCUAGACGCUCUCACAGCAGGUGGAAGGGUGCCCUUGAAGCCCACUGGUGGCCGAGACAGCGUGCCGACAGAGCCAUGCGGUUGGUGUGGCGGCACACGUGGCCAUCCCAGAACGAGCUGCCCAGCCCAAGGACAGACUUGCCGCCUCUGUGGAAAGAAGGGACAUUAUGCGACGGUCUGCAAAUCUGCUAAGAAAGACAGGAAGCAGAAGGAAACACGACGAGGUCGUGCACGGGGUGCGGCUCGGAAAGGCGCUUUGGAAGAGGUGUUUCUUGGAGAAAUGCACCUCUCGCCGGCAUGUGACCCGUGGUUCAUCACAGCCUCCAUGGAUGGGAGACAACUCAAAUUCAAGGUCGACACAGGUGCCGACGUGACUGCAGUGCCAGGAGCUUCGCUCCCGCCAGACGUUUGUUUGAAGAAACCCACGAAAGCGCUCUAUGGACCUGGGAGGAUCAAAGUAAAGACCAUUGGGCAGACAAGAGUUAACAUAUCCUGGAACGGAAACACAACGACGCAAGACGUGUUCGUCGUGGAUGGCUUGCAACAUGCCCUUCUUGGAAGGCCUGCCAUACGAGCACUAAACGUUCUCCCAGAGUUGCUCGCACUAGAGGACAGCACAGGAAGCGAUCCUGUGUUCUCCGAGUAUUCAAGGUUGUUUGGUACCCUCGGACAGCUCGCAGUCAAGUACAAAAUUAAAUUGGUACCCGGUGCGACGCCACAUGCUGUGACCUACCCGAGACGCGUGCCGUUACCGUUGCUCCCUGCCGUCCAUGACGAAGUGCGCCGCAUGGAGGAACUCGGCGUGAUACGGAAGGUGGAACACGCCACAGAAUGGUGCGCCCCAAUGCUGGUGGUGAAGAAAAAGAAUGGAAAACUUCGGAUAUGCGUUGACUACGCAGAGCUUAACAAACAAAUAGUCCGGGAGCGUGUCAUGAUGCCAACAGUUGAAGAAAAUCUCAGCAAGAUAUCUGGCGCAGCCGUCUUCAGCAAGCUCGACGCCAAUGCUGGUUAUUGGCAAUUCCCCUUGUACCCGGAAAGCUCCGAGUUAACGACCUUCAUCACGCCUUUGGGACGAUACCAGUUCCUCCGCCUGCCCUUUGGCAUCGCCACAGAACCAGAGUUCUUUCAGAGAGAAAUGUUACGAAUUCUGGAAGGCCUAGCAGGGACUACUUGUCACAUGGACGACAUUCUGGUUUACGGGAGUAACCGCAAGGAGCACGACAAACGCCUGGACGCUGUGCUCCGGAGACUUAGUGACGCAGGUGUCACUUUCAAUAAGGAAAAAUGUGAGUUCGGAAAGCAGAGGAUCCAGUUCCUGGGGCAUAUCCUAUCACCAGGGGGGAUAUCCGCCGACCCCGAAAAAACCGAAGCGAUCCGGAAACUGCCUGUUCCGGCGUCACUCAGCGAGCUCAGGGCCUUGUUCGGGAUGCUAAACCAUCUCAUGAAGUUUCUGCCGGGGCUGUCCGAAAUCAGCAAACCUUUGCGGGAUCUGCUUGCAUCCGACGCCGCGUGGAUCUGGGGCCCACAACAGCAACGUGCGUUUGACAGCUUGAAAGACCAGCUCACAAGAACGCCUGUGCUGACGUACUACGAUCCCGGUCGUCCGCACACUCUCUCAGUGGAUGCGUCUUCGGCCCUGACGUCCACGGAACAGCGGUACGCGCAGGUGGAGAAGGAGGCCUUGGCUAUCACAUGGGCGUGCGAAAAGUUCCGAAUGUACGUUCUCGGCCUCCGUUUUCACGUCGAAACCGACCACAAGCCGCUGGUGCCCAUCUUUUCGACAAAGCGGCUGGACGAUCUGACGCCUAGGCUACAGCGGAUGAGGUUACGUACCAUGGAGUACGAUUUCUCUAUUGAUCACGUGCCAGGAAAGAACCUGCACACCGCAGAUGUUCUCUCGAGGAACCCUGCGCAGCUUCCCCGGGCUUCGAUUACGAAGCCCUUGCCAUCGAAAGCCUGCCGGCGUCCAACAGCAUGCUGUCGCGCAUUAGACAAGCUCAGGAGGCAGACAGGACUCUGCCAGUUGGUGACUCAAUACAGCGCUACACAGUGGCCAGAAACAAGAGAUCUCUCUCCUGAAGUUCGUCUAUACGCAAGCGUUGCAGCCGAGCUCUCCGUUGUGGACGGUCUUCUCCUUAGGGGCGCCCGUCUGGUCAUACCUCCUUCGCUUCGGCAUGAAGUUCUCGAGAAACUAUACGUGGGCCAUCAAGGCGUUUCAAGGUGCCGCGCUAACGCUCGCGAGACAGUCUGGUGGCCAGGAAUCAGCGCUAACCUUCAAGACUUCGUGCAGAAGUGCCCAACCUGCCAGGCACACAGGCGGCCAGGCGCCGAACCGUUGCUUCAGACUCCGCUUCCGGCAAGACCGUGGGAGGCAAUCGGCAUGGACAUUUUCUACGCCAAGUCCCGGAACUACCUAGUCGUUGUCGAUUACUUUUCCAAAUUCUUUGAGCUAGCGCCACUGAAGAAAACUGCAACCGAAGACGUCAUCUCGAAGCUAGAGCCGAUAUUUGCAAGAUUUUGGGUUCCCGACGUGAUCCGCUCGGACAACGGACCACAGUUUACGUCGCACGACUUCAAACGGUUCCUGUCCAAACACGACAUCAGGCACGUGACGUGGAGCCCCUAUUAUCCCCAGGGCAACGGUCAGGCGGAACGAACAGUGCAGACGGCGAAGAUGCUACUUGCAAAAUCGCCCAAUGUGCACCAGGCGCUUCUAGCACACCGGUCUACGCCUGUACAGUGCGGUUACUCGCCUGCCGAGCUGCUGAUGGGACGAAAGAUCAAGUCUACUGUGCUGACGACGCCCGACAAUCUUAUUCCACAGUGGAGCCACUUGACCGAGUACAGGAAGGCGUACCACGAGGCGCAGAAGUCUCAAGCGUCCACGUACGACACUCGACGGAGGGCGUGCGAACGUCAGGAGCUGCCCAGCGAAACACACGUUAGGAUCCUGUCUGGAGCAGCAACACACGGUACGAUUUUGGGCACAGGCUCUACUCCGAGGUCCUACGUCGUCCAAACAAGUGCUGGGGUCGCAAGGCGCACAAGCAGGCACUUGCAGGCGGAUUCGAGCUCUCAUCGGGAUGACCAGGCGAUCCAGCAGCGCCACAGUGAUCAAACAACGGGGAAGACCUCCCACGCAUCUCAAAACCAGGCUGAGGGACUGAGAACAAGAAAAAUCUCCACCGAUGCCCCUGUAAUGCCUGACGCAUCGGGCGCAGCCUUUUACGUCACCCAUACAGACCAUGAACAGGCCUACACGCUGCCUUACCCCAUGUCGCCCACCAAGGCUGAAGUCUUCGGCACCUUUACCCCUGGGAUACAUUGUUCCUUGCCGCCUAGAAAAUGGGUCAUCCUCAUCGACAGCAAGGCGUCCCUCCUCCUCUUUAUGUUGUCCCGCCCCAACGUCAUACAGGAUAUACGCAGCCUGAUCACACAGACGUACAACAGGCUCCGCGACAAUGGUCAUGUUUUGUACCUCCAAUGGGGGCCCGGUCACGUGGGCCUGACCGGCGGUCUUCUCAACAUUAUCGAACUGUCUCCUGACAUGGCGGUACGCUGCCCGAGGGGGCAACUGUACGGCCUGGGACGACUUCAUAGGGAACUGUGCCCUCAAAAGUUCGAGGAGACACUGCGGCCCUUCUCUACUUCUAAUACCUUGCGAAUCACGCGGGAAACCAUCACUGAAGGUUCGGUGCCUAGUUCCUCCGAGGACUCGCUAGGCGGUGACGCUCCUCUCGCAGCAUUCAACGACCUGACAUAUCACGACGCCGCUCCAGCUCCGCACCACUCUCAACGAGCCCUAGUCGCUCUCACUGCGUCGCGCCGCCUCAUGCUUCGUCACGGUCCUCCUCGGUCAUUCACCAGCGGCAUGUUCCCGGGCCACACACUCCUGUACCGGUACACCGCUGUCGACCGCACCACCUGCAUCUCCUACGCUAGCGGUCCAAGAACACUGCCCGUCUCGCCUUCCCACGAGGCUUCUAUACAAUAUGCUGGCACCUCAUCCAGAUGCGGUCAAGAGGCCCCGGGACUAACGUUCCACCGGAGGCAGGCACCAGGCCACACUGAGUUUUACUCCCGGUCUUCCUGUGCUUCACGAUGGUCCUCCCUGGCACUCUCCUUGGCGACAACAUUAGGAGCACACUGCUCACGAUCCGGUUGCUGUUCUGUCGCCGUCCUGUCUGCGUCGCAUCGGCCUACCUGCCUGCUCUCCGCUUCGGUGCGUCCCUGGAACCUGCCCGGCAAGCGCUUGUCCGCACCAUCCAUUCGCUACUUCGACCCAUUCAGCACAAGACGCAAGUCCAGCCGUUCCUCUGCCACGUAUCGCUCUUCUUUCUCCUCUUCACGUAUCGACGCGGACCUGAACAGCUCUACACCGCUCCGCGUCUGA